CUCUCUCUCAGGGAUAUGCCGAAAAAUAAAUUCAACAAAGUUCUCAUUUUUAUUUCUUACGUGGCUGCAAUUUUGAUUUUUCUGGCUUUUAAACAGUUUAUGUUUAUGUUUUCAUUUUUAAACUCAUAAUUUUCCGAUAUUUAUUUUUUCGAAUAUCCUUCUGGAGAGCCAGGGCCGAAUUUUUGGAAAAAAAUGAAAUUUGAUAGCGCAGUUUCAACUACAUAUAGACCAACUCGACUUUUAAUGCGGAUUUCAAACAUAUGGUUUUUUCAAAUAUGAAUUCGACCAGUUUGAGUGAAAAUGAAUGAAAAAUGAGAAAAAAAAUCAAAUUUCUGGCGUCCAACAGGGCUGUGCCUUUGAGUUGACUAUCUUCCCCACAAAUUAAAAUCAAUGUAAUAGCAUAGUUUUGUAGAGCUUCAAAAGAGCUAUCGACUAGUACCUUAUUCAAGUAGGUUCUGUGUUUCUUUAGUACCUUAACACAGGAUUUUCUUAUGAAUGCUCAUAAAAUGUUACCUAGUCAUGUACAAGGCCAUCUCAAGAAAACGAUGAAAGAAAAAUAUUUUAUCACACUAUUUGUUACGGGCUACCUCACAAUAUCAUAUUUUGUUAUUCUCUAUUGUUAUUUUCUUUUUCUUUUUCUCUCUUCUUUUCCACUAUUCAUAUAUAUAUAUUGUUUCCCUGGAUAGUCAUGGUGAUAUAUAUGUAUAUAUAAGGGCAUGAUAUAGGUUAUAUGAAUGCACUUAUUUUUCCCUUUGAAAUAAAGAUUCAACAUCAAGGACAUUCUAUAUACAUAUCUAUUCUCUUUUUGGAAAUGACCCCUAAUAUUGGUGCCGUGACCGACUGUUUUAUUAUUUAUUAAUAAUAAAACACGAACCAACACAUAAAUCUUUCAUAUACCAUCGGAAUUUAAAAAAAAAAAAAAAUAAAUAUAUAUACAUAUCGGUAAGUGAUUACAUUUUUUUUAUUUAUUUAAUAUAGAGGUAGCUCCAUUGGAAGCUGCCUGGAAAACCUCGAUUGAAUUAAAGAGAUAGUUCCAUUGGGAAUUGUCUGAGAGAAAAAAAGAAGAGAACCACUCGAUCAUUAUUAUACAUACAACGUUAUCAAUUAAAUUCCACAUUAUAUUAUCAUAAUUUUAUUAUUGUUAUUAAAAUAACGGCUUAUAAUCUUCGAAGUGCUGGUAACGAUCCAGAAUUUACUGGUGAUUUAUUAACAAAAACAUCUGAACGUACAGUAAAAAGAUUAACUCUGGACUCAUUAAAUAAUACUACCGAACAAAUUCAAACAAUGUCUCACACUGCACAAGAUUCAGCGAUGAUGAUAUGUUAUCGUGAAUGUUUAUCAAAUCUGGACAAAUUCAAUGGUGGUGAAGAUCAAAAAGUUUCACAAUAUAUUAAUAAUAUUGAAAGGAUUGGAAGAAUGAUUAAUGCAAAUGAUGAUAUUUUACAUUGUAUGUGUACAGCAAAAUUAGAUGGGGAAGUGAAACGCUGGUAUGAAGACAAUAUGACAUUAACCAAAUGGGAAAAUUUAAAACCAGCAUUAUUAGAAAGAUUUACAACAUCGGAUUCAACAUCGAAAAUAUUUGAACAAUUGAAAGAACGAAAACAAAAAUCAGAUGAAACAAUUACAUCGUAUUAUGAUGCUGUCAUCAAAUUAUGUCGUGAGUAUGAUUCAUCCAUGUCACAAAAAAUGAUGAUAUCGUGGUUACAAAAUGGAAUUAAAGAUUCAUUGAAGACUCAAAUUAAACGACAAAUGAAAUUGUUACCUGAAUCAGCACGAACAAUUCAAGCAUUCUUAAAAAUUGCUAAAGAUGAACAAGAAUUACAAGAAGAAGAUUCUUCUGAACUCCAAGCAACACAAUCUUAUUUACCAUACAUUACGAAUACCGUAUCAACAACAGCACAACAAACACGAAGCAACUCCGAAAGGAUACCAACAUUAACAUACUCACCAUCACGACACACAACAUAUAAACAAUAUGCUCCAUCAUCCAACCCUUUAGAUUCAUUAAAGUCACAACAAAAAAAUUACAGUUCAACUUCCCGACCAUCACCUAUUUUACAUAAACGGGAAUCACAUUAUUCAUCAAUUAAUAAUUCAUCACGACGUCAAGACGUAAAUGUUAAACCUUAUUCACCUACACAACAUGAUUCUCAACGACGACCGUGUGGUGUAUGCCAACGCAUUAAUCAUCGAACAAUUGAUUGUUAUUACAAGAAAUUAUAUGGAUCUGGAACCCGUGAUGGUGGUCACUCCAGUAGUAAAGAAAAUCCAUCAACAACAAAUUAUACAUCAUCAACUCCUAUUCAUAUAAAAGUUCAAGUAAAUAAUAAACAACAUCAAGCUAUUGUCGAUACUGGAUCUGCAGUCACCAUUAUUAAUCAACAAUUAUUAAAAACAAUUUAUCAUAAGGAAUUUACUUACAAGAAGAAAUUACACAAAUCAGCCAAUUGUUCAUCGAUUAAUAUUAUUGGUGAAAUUCAACUUGAAAUUAAAAUACAAGGACAUAAAACAUUAAUUUUAGCAGAUGUUGCAACUAAUCUUAUUACUGAUUUAUUACUUGGAAAUGAUUGGAUUACAGCAAACAAUGUUAUUAUCGAUUCACCACAACAAUGCAUUUAUCUCACUGACAACAAACGAAACAUUCUAGCAACAGCAACAUUCGUUAAACCGGCACACCUUCAAUUACCAGUACUAUUAACCGAUGAAAUUACUCUUCCACCGCACUCCGAAAAAUGCGUUAACAUCAAAGUAUUAUCACCAACAAUGAACAUAACCGAAGCUUUAUUUGAACCAGCAGCAUAUUUAUAUUCGAAACAAAUGUUACUUACGAAUGCAUUAAUUAAGUUAGAAGACAACAGAAGUCAAGUUAUGAUUUUGAAUGCAAAUGAUCGUCAAAAGACUUUAUCGAAGAAUACAUCAUUAGGAUAUAUUACAUAUCAAUCCAAAGCCAAUAACUAUCUUAUUUUACCAGUAUUAACAAAAAAUAAAACUGAUCGAUCAACACCUAUAACAUCGAAUUUUUACAGAAGGAACAACUCUUUUGUGAGUCGUUCCUGGAUUCCUUCAAUGAAUAAUAAGAGGAAAGUUCAAUCUACGAACUUUACCUGUCAAAUGAACAACAAUACCGAUCCUGAACAUCAAUGUUAUGUAUGUCAAGAACAAUUUUUAUCACGGAAUGAUUUACAACAGCAUUUAUGUCGGAAAUGCUAUCCACCAGAAAUGCGAGAACAAAUUGGAAAACUAACUCAACACAUCGAAAACGACAAACAACAACAACAAUUACAGCAACUUUUAUGGAAACAUGGUAAAUUAUUUGAUAUUCGUCAACCGUCCAUCAUCAAAGCUACAGUACAUCACGCUAUUGAAACUGGCACUCAUCCACCAACUUAUACUCCACCAUAUCGUGUUUCUUACAAGGAUGAACAAAUACAGAGAGAAGAAAUUGAUAAAUUACUCAAACAAGGAAUAAUCGAAGAAUCUACAUCACCAUGGUCAUCACCUAUAGUAUUGGUGAGGAAAAAAGAUGGUUCUGUUCGAUUCUGUAUUGAUUUUAGGAAAUUAAACAAUAUUACAACCAAAGAUGCAUUUCCUAUGCCUCGAAUCGAUGAUAUCUUUGAUCAUUUAUCACAUGCUGAAUAUUAUACAACCAUUGACUUUAAAUCUGGUUAUUUUCAAGUGGGACUUGACCCGCAAGAUCGUCCAAAAACGGCUUUCUCAACUCGAGAUCAACAUUAUCAAUUUACAGUAUUACCUCAAGGUGUUACAAAUGGCCCACCAGCAUUUCAACGCAUCGUCAGUCAAAUACUUGGACCUACAAGAUGGCAACAUUCAUUAGCUUAUCUUGAUGAUGUUAUAAUAUAUUCACCAACAUUUGAUCAACACCUUAUUCAUCUCGAUGAUGUUCUUAAUCGAUUAAACAAUGCAAAUUUCCGCCUCAAUGUAAAUAAAUGUCAAAUAGCAAAAACAGCAAUUGAUUUUCUUGGUCAUCACAUCGAACAUAGUAAUGUUAGACCAAAUGCAGACAACAUUCGUGCAUUAAUAGAAACUCAACAGCCAACAACAGCGAAAGAAGCUUUUCGAUUUGUUAAAGCUGCUGAAUAUUAUCGUAAAUUUAUACCAGGAUUUUCUACUAUUGCACAACCUUUAUAUAAAUACGCACCUACUACAAAAGAACAACGAUCACAAAAAUCACAAUCUACUCUCAUUAAUUUAUCAGAUGAUGAAAUACAUGCAUUUGAUGAAUUAAAACGAAUAUUAACGCAUGACUUAGUAUUACGUAUUCCAGAUCAAAAUUUAUCAUUCAAGAUACAAACCGAUGCAUCAAAGAUUGGAAUUGGAGCUGUUCUUAUGCAGACUCAUCCAAAUGGAGAUUUACCAAUUGCAUAUUUAUCGAAGAAACUUACAACAACACAAAUGAACUGGCCUGCAACAGAACAAGAAUGCUAUGCUAUUAUAUUUGCAAUUGAAAAAUGGCACAAAUAUUUAGAUGGACGUUCAUUUAUAAUUGAAACGGAUCAUAAACCAUUAUUACCAUUUAAUACGAAAAAACAAUUAAAUUCGAAAUGUGAACGAUGGCGUUUGAAAUUACAACAAUAUCAAUUUACUAUACGAUAUAUUAAAGGAAAACAUAAUACAGUAGCAGAUUAUUUAUCUCGUUCACCUGUAGACAAUGCAACAAAUGAUGAAGACGAUUAUACUCCAACGACAUCCAGAGCAACACAAACUGAUAAUCAUAUGCAGACACAAAUUAUUGCACCUAUUAUGACUCGUAGACAAGCAAGACAACAGCUUAAUGAGAGGACUGAUCAUCACGUACCAGAUCAGACCUGUAAUGGAAAUCGACAAGAGAGGAAUGUCGACAUAUCAAUCGACCAUUCCUGUAUUCCAAAAGCCGAGCAACUACCAACAUCUAUCCACAACACCGACUCUGAUAGAAUAAUACCAUUUACAUUGGAACAAAUAAAAGAAUUACAACAUCAAGAUGAUGAAAUUAACAACAUCAUUCACAACAUCAAGAACUACAAAGAAUAUUUUGUUAAAAAUAAUCUGUUAAUGAAGAAAAGAUUCUCACCAGUCCCCGUUAUACCUAAGGGACGAAUCCGUUUAGACAUAAUUAAAAUUUAUCAUGAUACACCUGCAAAUGGUGCACACUUUGGUCGGAAUAAAACCAUCCAAAAAAUUCAACAGCGUUACUUUUGGCCAAAUAUGGUUUCUGAUAUUCGUAAUUACGUCCAAUCAUGUCUACCUUGUUUAAAAAACAAUCCACUACGACAGAAACCACCAGGUGCUUUAAAACCGAUAAAACCUCCAGAAGGAGUAUGGCAAUUACUUACAAUGGACUUCCAUGGACCGAUUACACCAACAACAAAAAAUGGGAAAAAAUAUAUUAUUUUAUUAACUGAUGUAUUAUCCAAAUUUGUAAUUACAAAAGCAGUACGUGAUUGUACUGCAUUAACUGCAGCACGAUUUCUAACUGAAGAUGUUAUUCUUAAAUAUGGAACUCCAAAAUGUAUUCUUACGGACAAUGGUACACAUUUUACUGCUGACAUGAUGACUGAAUUGUUCAAGAAGAUAGGAAUUACACACUUAUAUUCAACACCCUAUCAUCCGAUGACCAAUGGACAAAUCGAAAGAUUCAAUGCAACGAUGGAUUCGAAAAUAGCAACAUUAUCAAAUGAAAAACGUACUAACUGGGAUGAACAAUUACAAUUCGUUACAUUCAACUAUAAUACCAGCAUCCAUGCAACAACUGGACAAAUUCCAUUUGAAUUAAUGCAUGGACGUUCACCGAUUCUACCCUUUGAUCAACAACAACCAUUAGUUACACUCUCCCAAGAUCCAGAUCAUAAAUCGAAAUUAAAUCAUCAUUUAUCAACUUUAACGGAACAAGCGAGAACGAAUAUACUGAAACGACAAGAGAAAUAUAAAGAACGAUAUGAUCAACAUCGCACAAAUCCACAUUACAAAGUCGGUGAUCUUGUCUUAAUUAAGAUAUUAUCUAUGCGUAAUAAAUUCGACGCACGAUAUGAAGGACCAUUCAGGAUAACACGACAACUUAGCACGAAAACAUUUAUCGUUCAACAUGUGAAGACACCAACAUUAGUGAAACAA